AUGGCAAAACAAGUAAAUAAGUCUGAUAAGAAACUGGGUACCACCGAGGUACCCGUAGAGGAACAAUCAACUGAAACUCAUGUAGAGCAUUCUCAUCAUACACGUCAUCAUGAUGCAAAAGAAGCUAAAGUUUUGAAGAAGAAAUUACACCAAAGUAGAAGAGUUGUCUUUAUUUUGGGUGCUGUUUUAGGUAUAUGUGGAGCUAUAUUUUUUUCCACAUCACCAGAAACAUUGAUGGUAAGGGAUUUAGAUAGUUAUGUGAAUUUUGAUUCAUUUUCCAACGUGUUUGGUGAUUGGAAAGAUAUGUUUCCAUCGUCAAUUCAAUCGGUGUUGUCAGAUUUCACCGAUAAAGAUAAUGAGCAAUUGAAUGGAUCAGCAGAUUCUUUUUCCGUGGGGAGAAGAAUGGCCAGUGAAAAGUUAUCGGCCAAGGAUAAUGUCGUUAUGGUUCCGGGUGUUAUAUCUACUGGAAUCGAAAGUUGGGGUUUAUCCACUGAUGGGGAUUGUCCUUCUAUCAACCACUUCCGAAAAAGAUUAUGGGGAUCUUUUUACAUGUUGAGAACGAUGGUCUUGGAUAAAACAUGUUGGUUGAGGCAUAUAAUGUUGGAUCCGGAAACCGGUCUUGAUCCACCUAAUUUCAAGCUUAGAGCUUCCCAAGGUUUUGAUGCUGCUGAUUUUUUCAUUGCCGGAUAUUGGAUUUGGAACAAGAUUUUACAAAAUCUAGCUGUUAUUGGCUAUGGUCCUAAUAAUAUGAUAUCUGCUGCUUAUGAUUGGAGAUUGGCUUAUUUAGAUUUAGAGAAAAGAGAUGGUUAUUUCACUAAAUUGAAAUAUCAAAUUGAAGUCAAUUAUAAAUUGAGUGGUGAAAAGACCAGUUUAAUUGGUCAUUCCAUGGGAUCCCAGGUUAUCUUUUACUUCCUAAAAUGGGUAGAAGCUGAAGGGGAACAUUAUGGUAAUGGGGGUCCUAAUUGGUGUAAUAAAUAUAUCGCUUCUGUUGUGGAUAUUAGUGGAUCUUCUUUGGGUACACCAAAGACUUUGACUGCUUUGAUCUCCGGGGAAAUGAAGGAUACGGUUCAAUUGAAUGCCUUAGCAGUGUACGGGUUAGAAAAGUUCUUCAGUAGAAAGGAAAGACUCGAUAUGUUAAGAACUUUUGGUGGAAUUCCAAGUAUGAUUCCUAAAGGGGGUGAAUUGAUCUGGGGAAACUUGAGUCAUGCACCGGAUGAUCCAACUAAUACCUUGAUGACAGAAAAUGAUGCAUUAAAUGAUACUUCUGCCUUAGAUGGUCCUAAAGAUGAAAGUUUUGGUAAUUUCAUUAGAUUGAAAUCUGCUCAAGGUGAUAGAAAUUUGACCAUGGAUCAAGCUAUUGAUUAUUUAUUAGAUUUCUCACCACCAUGGCUUUCAAAUAGGAUUAAAGAUCAAUAUUCUUUCGGUUUUGCAAAGACUGAAAGUGAAGUUCAAAAAAAUAAUCAUGACCAUUCCAAAUGGACUAAUCCUUUAGAGGCAUCUUUACCUAACGCCCCAGACAUGAAAUACUAUUGUUUCUAUGGUGUGGGUAACCCUACUGAAAGAGCUUACUCUUACAAAGAUGCUGAACCUGACUCCAAAUUAAAUAUUACUAUUGACCCUGAAGCAGUUGAUCCUGUUUAUUUCGGUGAUGGUGAUGGUACUGUCAGUUUGUUGACCCACUCUGCCUGUCAUAUUUGGCAAAGAAAUAAUACCAGAUUCAACCCUGGUAACAUUCCUGUCACUAUUGUAGAAAUCAAACAUGAACCUGAUAGAUUUGAUAUUAGAGGUGGAGCUAAAACUGCCGAACAUGUAGAUAUCUUAGGAUCAGCUGAAUUGAAUGAGUUAGUGUUGAAAGUCACUGCUGGUAAGGGUGACACCAUCGAAAAUAGAUACAUAAGUGAGUUAAAGAACAUUGUAGAGAAGAUGGAAAUUUAA